AUGGCGGAUUCCAAGAGGAAGACAUUUAAAACCGCUGUUGCGGCAGAGAGAGUUAGAACACGUGACAUGACGUCACGUCACCCCACCCGCAAGAGGAAAUUCGAUAUAAAUGAGGGGGAACCAGUUAAAUCCCCUCCAGCGGGUGGAAAAUCGACUGCCGGUGGCCCAACAGCCACCGGAACCAAAUUGGCAGGCUCGAAUACCGUUUCUCCAAUACCAGGGCCCAGUAAUACGGUGACCCUGCAGCCUGCCAAUGCAGCACCAUACAGGUGUCAAAUAUGCGAGAGGCCCUAUGAGACAAAAAGUGGCCUCAACAAACAUCUCCUAACAUGUGGCAAGCGCGAUCGAACUAAAUGCCAAUAUUGCAAAGCAGGUUUUACUACAUACACAGGGGUGCGGCUUCACGAGCAGAGGGCACACCCCGAAGCAGAAAACGACAGCAGGAGGAGGGAACUACGAAGGCCUGAUUCCGAAAUCUAUGAUAUACUGGCAAACAUCGAGAUCCAGUCACAUAAAGGCCCCUUUAUGGCGAAAAUGGUUGCCGAAUCAGGUCUGACGAAGGACCAAAUACGGCAUCGAAGGGAUAAACCCAUCUAUAAGCAAUACCUCGAUGCCGCUAGGAAGAAACAGCAACCAAUCCCUUCUCCCAGUGUGCCCUGUGAGCCGCCCACCUGCCCAACGAACGAGAAGAUCGACCAUCAGGCAGCGACAUCGACGCCACCAACAGCUCGCGACGAUGUAAAAGAGGGUGAGUGCUCCUCCGCGGUUGCGUCCGCACUAUCGCCAAUCACUCCAGAUCCGAUGACAAGCAGGAAGAGGAUUCGGAAUGAAUCGAUGUCGCCUCUGUCGCAGCCUACAGUAAGGAGACCCCGCACCGAUGCAGUCAACCUCACCGCCAACUCCCCCGCACAGGUCGAACAAACCCAGGUGGUCAUUGAACCAGCGCUGCGCGAAUACCUCGCGUCUGAACGCGAAGCAGCGCUGGCCAAUGGGAACGGCCAUCUGGCGGACCUGUGCCAGGCAGGAUCAUCGCUUGCGGUUAAUGAUCUUGCCUCCUAUCUAGACAAUUGGAUAAUAGAAGAUUUCCAAAAAGGGGGAAGGAAAUACAACCCAAAUGGUCACAGAGGUGGACCAAAAUCAAAUUACGGAGGUACUAGACCAGGAAGAGGUCCACGGGUAGAAUCAUACAAAAAGGCCCAGGAUCUCUACCUCCGUAACAGAUCAGCUCUAGUGGAUAAAAUCAUUUCAGGAACUCCACUAGACUCUACUGAAGAGGUACCACCUCUAAAAGCGGUUGAGGAGCUGUAUAGCGGGAUCUUCGAGCGGGCUGCGACGGAGACGAUGACGGUUCAUCCCGAACCACGAAACACCGAUGCCACCACUUUCGCUCCAUUCGAAGAAAGCGAACUAGAGGCAGCCAAAACAGCAUGGGCUAACUCAGCACCUGGUGCUGACGGAAUAACGGUGGCAUCGGUUAAAAAUACGAACAACAGGGUGCUAUGUGUUUUAUAUUCAAUAAUCCUUAUGAGAAACGUGCACCCUGCCAUCUUCCUGCGGUCUAGGACCACAAUUAUAUAUAAAGACGGCCAACGGAGCGAGGCGGCGAAUUGGAGGCCCCUUACUAUCGGGAGUGCCCUCCAGCGACUGAUGCACAGGGCGAUGGCUAACCGCUUGCGGAAGGUCGUCGCCCUGGAAGCCAAUCAACGCGGAUUUAGUACGCUGGACGGCACUCUCGCGAAUUGUAUGAUUUUACACUCAUACAUUCGAAAUAGGGUGUCCUCCAAUAAAGAGUACGCGGUCGCUUCACUCGAUUUGCGGAAGGCCUUUGACACUGUUGGACAUGGGAGCGUUGUGGGAGCUCUCAGACGGUUUGGGGUGGACGAGCGUUCCAUACGUUACGUUGCGACAAACUUGGCAACCUCUGUGACACAGAUUCGGGUGGGGCAGGAAACGACGAGGGACAUUGGGUUUAGCUGCGGUGUAAAGCAAGGGGAUCCGCUAAGUCCGCUACUUUUCAAUCUAGUGAUUGAUGAGCUUCUGGCCGGGCUUAAUAAUGGGGAGCGAGGCGGAACAAUAUUGCCUGGGGUGAGGGUGUCUGCCAUGGCGUUUGCGGACGACAUAGUCUUGCUCGAGGAUCAGGAGGAGAAUAUCCCUCUGGUCCUCGAUGAGAUUGUUGAGUUCGCGAAGUCCAAGGGCAUGGCACUAAACCCUAAAAAGUGCUCAGCCAUGGUCGUGGGAUUGGCGAGGGGUGUCCUGGCGCCUAGGAAAGAUUACAAACUUACGAUUGAUGGACGCCGCGUGGCCAUGGUGACGGAGGUCAACAGCUUCCGUUAUCUUGGCCAUGAAGCGUCCGUCAAAGGACUAAUGCGCCCUUCCCUCGCUAAUCUACCGACCUGGCUGGCCAAUCUUAAGAGAUCCCCUCUUAAGCCGGACCAGAAGUUCGCAAUCCUCAAAAUCACAUUAUCCCUAAGCUAUUCUAUGGCCUGCAAAACCCAAAGGUGA